AUGCCAGAAGUAAGUGUCUGUGGUAGCAAGAGUGUGUCAGAAGUAGUAAAGGCCAAGAGUGCUGGAACUUCUCAGUCAUCGACUUUAUUCCCACUUUCCCCAUUCGCCUCUCAGCCCUUAGAGUUAUACCCAUUUUGCCAUUUGCCUCUCGGCCCUUGGAGUUAUUCCCACUUUCCCCAUUUGCCUCUCAGCCCUUGGUGUUAUUCCCACUUUCCCCAUUCGACUCUCAGACCUUGGCAUUAUUUCCAUUUUCCCAUUCGCCUCUCAGACCUUGGUGUUAUUCCUCCUUUCCACAUUUGCAUCUCAGCCCUUGGCAUUAUUCCCCCUUUCUCCUUUUGCCUCCAAGCCCUUGGCUUUAUUCCCACUUUCCUAUUCGCCUCUCGGCCCUUGGCAUUAUUCCCCCUUUUGGCCUCUCAGCUCUUGGCGUUAUUCCCGCUUUUCCCAUUCAUCUCUCAGCCCUUGGCAUUUUUCCCCCUUUUCCCAUUCGCCCUUCAACCCUUGGCAUUAUUCCCCCUUUUCCCAUUCACCUCUCGGCCCUUGGAAUUGUUCCCACUUUACCCAUUCACCUCUCAGCACUUGGCGUUAUUCCCCAUUCCUCGCUCAGACCUUAGCAUUAUUUCCUCUUUCCCCUUUUGCCUCUCCGCCCUUGGCGUUAUUCCUACUUUCCCCAUUCACCUCUCAACACUUGGCGUUAUUCCCCUUUUUGCCUCUCAGCACUUGACAUUAUUCCCCCUUUUCCUAUUCACCUCUCGGCCCUUAGCCCCUUGGUUUUAUUCCCACUUUCCCAUUUGCCGCUCAGCCCUUGGCAUUAUUCCCCCUUUUCCCAUUCACCUCUCAGCCCUUGGCGUUAUUUCCCUUUCGCCUCUCAGCCCUUGCCGUUAUUCCCACUAUCCCUUAGCAUUAUUCCCACUUUCUCAAAUUGCCUCUCAGCCCAUUGCAUUAUUCCUCCUUUCCCCAUUCGUCUCUCAGCCCUUGGCAUUAUUCCCCUUUUCACCUCUCAGCCCUUGGUGUUAUGCCUCUUUUCACCUCUCAGCCAUUGACCUUAUUCCCCCUUCCCCAUUCGUCUCUCAGCCCUUUGCAUUAUACUUCCUUUUCCCAUUCGCCUCUCAGCCCUUGGCGUUAAUUCCCCCUUUUCCCAAUCUCCUCUCAUCCCUUGGCGUUAUUCCCACUUUCCCCAUUCACCUUUCGGCCCUUUGCAUUAUUCCCACUUUCCCCAUUCACCUCUCAGCCCUUAGCCCCUUGGCGUUAUUUCCCUUUUCCCAUUCGCCUCUCAUCCCUUGGCAUUAUUCCCAUUUUCCCCAUUCGCCUCUCAGCCCUUGGCAUUAUUCCCCUUUUCCCAUUCACCUCUCGGCCAUUGGCAUUAUUCCCACUUUCCCCAUUCAAUUCCCUGACCUUAGCAUUAUUUCCUCUUUUGCCUCUCAGCCCAUGGCUUUAUUCCCACUAUCCCCAUUUGCCUCUCAGACCUUAGCAUUAUUCCCACUUUCUCAAAUUGCCUCUCAGCGCUUUGCAUUAUUCCUCCAUUCCCCAUUUACCACUCAGCCCUUGGCAUUAUUCCCUUUUUCACUUCUUAGCCCUUGGCAUUACUCCUCUUUUCACCUCUCCGCCCUUGACAUUAUUCCUCCAUUCCCCAUUUGCCACUCAGCCAUUGGUGCUAUUCCUCUUUUCGCCUCUCAGUCUUUGACAUUAUUCCCCUUUUCACCUCUCAGCCCUUGGCGUUAUUCCUCUUUUCGCCUCUUAGCCAUUGACAUUAUUCCCUUUCUCCAUUUGCCUCUCAGCCAUUUGCAUUAUUCCUCCUUUCCCCAUUCGCCUGUUAGCCCUUGCCAUUAUUCCCACUUUCCCAUUCGCCUCUUAGACCUUAGCAUUAUUCCCCCUUUCUCGAUUUGCCUCUCAGCCCUUGGUGUUAUUCCUCUUUUCGCCUCUCAGCCCUUGACAUUAUUCCCCCUUUCUCCAUUUGCCUCUCAGCCCUUGGUCCCUUUGCAUUAUUCCCCCUUUCUCCAUUUGCCUCUUAAGCCCUUGACAUUAUUCCCCCUUUCUCCAUUUGCCUCUCAGCCAUUGGCAUUAUUCCUCCUUUCCACAUUUGCCUCUCAAACCUUAGCAUUAUUUUCCACUUUCCCCAUUCGCUUCUCAGAACUUAGCAUUAUUUCCCACUUUCCCCAUUCGCCUCUCAGACCAUAG